AUGCCCUGUGGUGUUGAUUUCAGGUUGAAAGCGCGGCUCGCAUUGAGGUAUACCCUCUUAGCGCGCCAGAGGAUCGAGCCAAAGAGCAGCAACUUAGACAGCAGCAACAGGUCUUUCGAAGAACUAGCAUUAAGGGAAGUGGAUAAACAGGUUACGUAUCUCCAACAGCAACUUCGAUACGAAAAGGCGCUUGAACGGGAACAAAUCGAAAGAAAAGCUCGAGAAGAGGAGAAUCUUCUGAUACGAGAAGAGCAGGAGAGGCUCAGACGACUCUUCGAACGAGAGCGCGCCGAGAGGGAACGUCUCGAGCAGAUUCGUCGUCGAGAAGCCGAAGAACGUGAACGUCUUCUGCGCCAACAUCGACUCGACGAACAGGAUCGUUUAAGGCGAAUCGAAGAAGAGAAACGUCUUCGACAAUUGCAGGUAGGAAUUCGUCAUGGCUCGAGCUGCCAUUCACGUAACGCUCAACAGUACGUUCCAUCUUCUACACAAGAAGUCUUAUACGAUCAGCAAACCUUCGUUCAACAACAUCCGCCACAACCUGCACCCAGG